AUGGCUGCUGUCACCUCUCCUACCCUCGCCAACACGGCCUCGCCCGAUAAGUCGGCCGCCCGUCCCAGCGGGAUGCCCAUCAACUCCACAGGCGCCGGCGCUGACCCCGCCUCUAACGUCACCCUCCGCGCGCUCGUCUCCACCAAAGAAGCCGGUGUGAUCAUCGGCAAGGGCGGCAAAACUGUCGCCGAGAUCAGGGAACAGACCGGCACCAAGGCGGGUGUCUCGAAGGCUGUCCAGGGCGUCCACGAUCGGAUCUUCAGCGUCAGUGGGGGCCUGGAGGGUGUCAGCAAAGCCUACGCUAUCGUGGCCGAUGCCAUCCUGCAGAAUCCCCUAGCUGCAACCGACCCCGCCCUCACCGUCCCCCCACCAACGGCCACCACCACCAUCAUCCGCGUCCUCGUCUCUCACAACCUGAUGGGAUCGAUCAUCGGCCGACAGGGCUCGAAGAUCAAAGAGAUCCAGGACACAUCCGGCGUCAGGAUGGUGGCCUCCAAGGAGAUGCUCCCCCAGUCCACCGAGCGGGUCGUCGAGGUCCAAGGCACGCCGGAUGCCAUCCGCGUGGCCAUCCACGAGAUCGGCAAGUGUCUCAUGGAAGAUUGGGAACGUGCCCAUGGCACCGUCCUCUACCAGCCUGGUGCCCUCGGCGCCGAAGGCCCCUCGCCCGCCUACCCCGGCGGCGUCCUCGCCGGCGGCUUCGGCGGCGCCAGCCAAGGCUUCAGCAACGGCCGUCGCAGCAGCGCCCCCCUAGGCACUGCCAACGGAAACGUCCUGCCCGGAGCCGCCCGCCGCGCCUCGAACUACAUCAACCCCACCGGCAUCGACAACCCGCCCCAUCGAUCCCGGGAAGGCUCGCUCGGCGCCAGCCUACCCCCAGCUUCCGCCGACCAAGCCUUACGCACCCAAAAUAUCUCGAUUCCGUCGGACAUGGUCGGAUGCAUCAUCGGCAAAGGUGGCGCCAAGAUCAACGAGAUCCGGCGACUGUCCGGCUCGAAGAUCAGCAUCGCUAAAACCCCUCACGACGAAUCUGGAGAGCGGAUGUUCACGAUCAUCGGCUCGCCCGAAGCCAACGAGAAAGCCUUGUUCCUCCUAUACAACCAACUCGAGAGCGAGAAGGAGAGGCGCGUCAACACGGUCCAAGAAGAGGAGGCCCAAUGA